AUGGCGCUUCAACCAUAUAAAUGCAGCGUGACUGGUCAUGCUGUCUGUUGUGAGUGUUCUCCUGGUCCCUUAUUGAUUGUAAUUAUCUUCACACGCUCGCUGACAGCCAGAGCAUCCUAUCUUGUCACGCGCGUCUGGACCACCAUCUCCCGCCAAGCGACUUCGGUCACAUUCUGUUCUGAUACAGAGCUUAGUGACACUCUCUCGGAAAGUAAUGGACAGCUCUGCAGCUCUGUUACAAGGAGCAGAACCCAUGAAUGUGUGAGAGGAAUACGGUUGCAGCAGGCUGAGAGCCCUGGAUACAAAGACAGGACCAACUGGCGCCAUCAUUAUAAGCUUGUGACCAGUGUCAGCUUUCCUCCACAGCUGCUUCGUGAGAAUCGGGAUACAUCUGGCAGCAGUCAUGAAAUCAUUGAUUACUGUAAUCUAACACCGCAAGUGCCCUUUGUGCCCUGCAUAGCUAAAUCCAUUCCUAUAAAGAGGAUCUCCCUAAGGAAGCCUAAAAAGGCCACUAAAGACUUGUUAGUUCAUAAAAGAAACAACCAUGAAAAAGCUAUGUCCCCAGGUACACCGUGUCGUGUUGCAGGUGAAAAUGUUCCAACAGUUAAUCGGACGAAGAAGUCUUUAAGGCACAGAGGAAGCAGGUAUGAUCAUGAACUUAGUGAGACAUUCUCAGAUUCUUCAGGUGAAAAUUGUGCUAAUGUUUGUGAUGAUGCUGCCUCAUUAAAAAGCUUUGGAUCACAGGCUGGUUGUGGAGAGAUAUUUGCUGAUAAGGAAUGCCUUAUAUGUCCUGAGUGUGAAAAAGUUGCUUGUGGACCUCAGAGACAAAGUCCUACUUCUGCAGGUUUGCAGGGAGGUAAAGAGUGUCUGGCAUCUCCAGUUCACGUCGAGGACAUGUUUGGAAUGUGGGAAACCCUAAACAGAAAUAUAAUUGGGCAAAGUUCAAGAUCAGGGGGAAAUGCAACAGAAACCAAAACACCUAUUGCAAAUUCUCCUAAAACUGUAUCUGAAAAUGAGUCACAGAUCAGGGAACUGAAUCCUGAUGUGAUAACACCAAAAAGUGACAACCAAGAGAACACUAGUGAUGAAGGCUAUUGUGAUUAUGUUUCUCCUGGUUUUGAGGACCACAGCAAAAGUUCCCUCACCCCAGUUCACUCCAACAAGUUCACUAGGGACACUUACAGUGGAGAUGCUCUUUACGAGUUGUUCUAUGACCCCAGUGAGGCAGAGAUGACCCCCAUCUUUGAUGAUGAAAUAGAUCUUACAGACAGCAUUGCUGGCCAAUGCAGUGACCUUCCAUUAUCCAUGUACAGCUUUCACGUUGGAGCAGAGGAGAAUCUUGCCCCACCUUUGGCUAGAGACGUCAUAGGCCAAGAGCUUCUGCAGAGUAAAUGGAUGGGGAAGGAUUGUUUACUAAAGCUUUGUGACACAGAAAUCUCUCUGGCUAUGGGUAUCGUUAACUGGCUGAAACAGAGGACAGAAAACAGCAACCCAACAGAACUGAGGUCUUCGCAAACUAGCAGUGCGGAAACAGGUGAUUUAUGUCUACGAUGCAAAACCCAGUCAGCAGGGGUUAGAAAACCACCAAGAAGAGCCCCUCCAAGAACUUGUAAUGGUAGGAAAGAUAUGCUUAAUUUCACAAAAAAAGACCCAAACCAGCCAAGUUUUGUUGUUCCCUUAAUGCAUUUGCCUUCACAAUGUGAUGUUAACACAGUGAUGUCAACCUUGGCCUCUCCAGAGAGACUACCCCAAACCCCAGUGAGUGGUGUGUGUUUCAGGAUAUACAAUAUCGACUCCCCAGUGACCCCAAGUGGAGAUUUGCAGUCUCCUGUGGUAAGCUCACCUGGCUCUGGCACAAGAUCUUUGUUUGUGCUGGCCAUAAACAAGCAAUCUCUUUGUGAAUCUUGCAGGAGUUCCCUGAGAAAUGGAGCUAAAGAUCUGUACCUGUGUCCUUCUUGUAUGUCUCUUAUUGAGCACAUCAAGACAUCAGACCUGUGGGCCUGUGCCAGCCUUCCCCAGUCCAAGACACUAAAUCCACAGCCAAUAACUGGAGACCUGCUAUCCCCAGCUAGCACCUGCGGGAUAGGAAGUGAUAUCAGCAUAGCUUCCCUUGUUGAGCAGUGUGCUAGUCAGUUGGCUUCUAUGAAGAUUAACAUUACUCAAAAGCACUUAAGCUGUGAAAAAAGAGGUGUAUUUGAACCUGAGCAAGGGGUUAAAAGGAACAAAGAACAAAAAUCCCUGAAGUCAAAGCACAAGAAAAGACCAAUGACAACUACAGAGAAGGGCUCGCAUGCAAGACAUUGCAUGAGGAGGUCCAGCCUCUCUGAGGAUGUUCAUAAAUCUUCCCUUUUGAAGACUGAGGGACUUGGCUUUGUAACUACCAAUGGUUCAGAUGACUUGAUGUUGGAAACUUACAGUCCAUGUACAGACACAUCUCAAGCUACUAGGCCUACUUCUCUUCCUCUCAUGGCCUCUAUCUCAUCUAUAUCCUCUUAUUGCCGAGAGGAUCACCAUAUUCAACAUUUGAAUAUGAUGGAAAACGGAAACCCAGCCAAAAAGAAGCGUGGAUCACAGCAUCACAGGAAGUCUGCUGUAAACAUUGAUGAGUCUAGCGGUUUUGUCCUUCCAAGAGAAAAGAAGGUAGAACGCAGAUGUAAAAUGAAGAAGUGAAGCCCAUGUUAAACAGAUUCUGAUUUUUGGGAUCCUGCUGGCUUAAACUCGUUUCAAUCUACUGUGCAGUACCUCAGCCCUCAGGGCAGCUGAACUCUCUACCAACUGUCUUAUAGUCUCUAUCUUUCAUCCUCAAGAAUUCUGACAUGCUUGCUCAUUUUACUGUCAACUCAGCAACAUUGCAGCUGGGAACAACAACAGGUCUGUUGAUCUGUUUGUUGGAAAAGUGACAUUUGUCUGAAACCUGUCGUAUCAAUGUUUUUCCUCUCCACAGAGUGGUUUUUAUUUCAGGUUUACUGCUGGUGUUUUCAAACCAAGGAUCAAUGACAGGACAUACUGUACUAGUGCAAUAACUACAGUAACAAUUUAUUAAUGUCCAAGGGAGAAAUAAACUGUUGACUGUUAAAUUUCUACUGUUGUUCUAAUAGAGAAACCUUUGUGAAACUGCAGUUCAGCUUUUGGAACUUAAAGUACAUUGUGUGAAAUUACACUUUAGGUGGUUUUGUAUACAGUAUUUAAACAAUCUGGCAAGCUAUUUGAAAAGCUCUGAUCUGAAGUUUAGAGUGGAAAUGAUCAAUUUAUUUUAAGGAUUGGGACAUGUCAGUGGAAUCAACUUUGCAUUUUCAUUUGUCAUGCUAUUAAUGUUCAAGACAGAGAUGGGUCAUGUGUAUCAGUGAAUGAAUGAGGAAAAGUAGUCCCUUGAAAGAACGCUUCUGAUCUGGCUGAUGUGACCAGAUCAGACAAAGCAGGCAGGUGGCACUUUUACUUGUCAUCUUUGUCCAUUUUGGAAUGUACUUCUGGCAGUUCUGCCCUUUUUUACUCAGUAAAUACUCAGCUUUAACGCGACAAUUCAACUUGGACUGCAACAGUCCAGCUGGAUUUGUUACAUAUUGAAGAGAAUUUCCAUAAAACAUAACCUUAUAUGAUCUACAGUAUACAUCUACAGUAUAUCUAAACAUCUAUCUUUGAGCAGACAGUUAUCUGCAUAAAUAUGUUUGCAUAUCAUAUUUGAGCAGACAGUGAUCUGUUAUGUGUAUAUGAAUAAACCAAAAACUCUUUAUUUAAAAGAACACAGUCAAAGGAAAUGGUAUCUGUACAAGUGGUCUAUGCGGGCCAGUAAACCUUGCUCAAAAUAAUAUUAAGCCAAAGGGUAAUUAAGAAGAAUCUCUAUAUACAAAAAUCUUAGCAGCUAUUGAUGGGGUAUUACUGUAUAUUUCAGGGCCUUAACCUGUUUUCCAUGAGAUCAACAUCAACCAUAAACUUCAACAUUUAAGGGUAGUGCACUACACUGUGGUAUCAGUGAUAAAGGCAAUGAUAAUGUUAUGAAUAAAUUAGUAGCUAUUUUUCUAUUUGAUAAUUAAAAAAUACAAUUGGGUUAUAUUACACAGUAAAUUCAACAUUUUAAGAAUUGAACAGAAGCUUUUCAGAUAGCUUACAAUUUCUCACGUCAUUUUUUUCUACCCAAAACUGGGGGGAAAAGUUUAGGAAAUUGUUCCUGGUCAGUAAUUCUUGAAAAAAAAAAUGUCUACUUCUCAGGAUAAACUAGAAUCAAAAUCCAAGGAUUAAGAAACUAAUUAUAGCAUGUGAGACUUGGACCGCUGACAAUAUCCUAACAACAUGAAUAUUCUUUGUUCUUUGAUAAGCGAAUGUGUUGCAUGAUUUUGAAGGCUACUGUAUGUUAACCAUAGAUAUUAAAAUCUAUGUUGUAAAGUAUGUUCAUUAGAAAGUGCAUAUGGUGUUGGAAUGCAGUAUUAACAAGGUUAUUUUGUCACCUGUUAGUGCCAUUAUAGUCUUUUUAAGACAGGGCAGCUGACAAUUAUUGUUGUAAUUCUGUGCAAUAUUUCUAUUUAAGUGCUUGCUUUGUCACUGAGUAUUAAUAAAAACCUAUUUAUGAA